AUGGAGACUGGGUACGCUCAGCCCAAGCGUACAACAUUAAAGAAGUUAUUGGAAGCUCGAGGGGGCAUUGCCAGCAGCAAAGCAAAGAGGACUCUCAUCAGUGAGUUAAUGGAGCUGGAUCGGGAGAACUUGGCUGUGGCGAGCCCCGCUGUUCACGCAGAGGAAACCGAACAGAUGCGAGAGAUCAGGGAACUGCUGUCGCUAUUUAGCCCAAACCCUACCCCAGAGAUCAUAUUACGGAUUAUUUUGAAUGCUGACACAAAAGCCAAAGCGCAAAGAGCACUGCAAGUUCAUCUGCUGAAAAUUCAGUGA